GCUACUCAGAGAGGUGUUAUACCAAAGUUCAUAUAUAAAUGUCUCUGGUUAUACCUUUAUAAGAUCACUCUUGUCUGUGAGCAUGAAAGCGCAACAUGUUCGCAUUCUACCAUGCGGAUUUUCUGGCACAUAGAAGCGGGGCGAAGCUGGCCUCUCUCUUUAGCCUGGACCAGGCUGAGAGUCAGGGCAACGAGUCCUUCCAGUUCACCGCCCCUAAGCAGCCAAAGAAGAGCACUUCCACCUCCACUGCAGGCCCUCCCCCUCAGAAGCCUGUAGCCCCGCCUCCAUCGGCCCCAUCAGCAGUUCUGUUGGCCACCGCUGUUCACGCAUUCCGCUACGUGAAUGGCCAGUACGUUAAGCAGGGCAAAGUUGGUGCUGCCGUCCUGGGUAACCAUGGAAAUAAAGAGGUUCAGCCUGGGAAUUAUGCCACUUUUUACGAUGACCAGAGACAGAAUUGGUCGUUGAUGUUCGACUCUGUAAAAGUCAGCAUGGACUUUUGUAAAGAGGUGUGUUUGGCGAAGUGGAACAGUGACCCAUCUCAGGACAGGCUAGUGGCCCAGGACCUGGUCUUGGGAGAGGAGCAGGCCGUGGACUCUGGAGACACCCUGCAGAUUGUCUACACAGCAUGGCUCCUUCAGAACUACACCACUGGAGAGACAUUCAAAUCCAACUCCACGGCAGGUCAAGACCAGUUCCAUCGCGUGAAACUUGGGCCAGGCAAAGAACCCAAAGGUUGGGAGGGGGGCUUACUGGGGAUGCAGAGAGGUGGCCGAAGACUCCUGGUCAUCCCCCCUAGUAAAUCCGCUGGACCCAAAGGCAUCCUAAACAACGCGCCUCCAUCCAGUACCCUGGUUCUGGAUGUAGAAAUCCGGCAGGUUCGGUUUUCUGUGGAGGCGGCGUCGGGACGUCUGGAGCAGGAAUCUCUGGAUAGUUCUAGUUCUGAAGCAGCUCGACCUGAACUCAGGGACCAGCAAACCAAAUCCAAUUCUCCAAAUGAGAAACGGAAGAGCCCAGACUCAGCCAAGGCCAAGCUGAUCUCCCGCAUGGCGAAGAUGGGCCAGCCCAUGCUGCCAUUCCUGCACGGAGCCAUACCGGCUCAGCCCGACGCCAGCGACUCUGACACGGAGGACGUGUGUGACUCUGGAAGGGCACAUCAAUCUACCCCUCCCACUGCCCCUGCCUCCCCUUCACUACCUUCCCCCACCUCACCGUCGGAAACGCCUCCACCUGAACCAGUUUCAGCACCUUCCCAGCAAGUUGUUGCCCGACAACCUGAGCCCAUCGCACAGCCUGUGGAGCCUGUAUCAAUGCAAACAUAUAUGCCCUACCCUACUGUACUGACGACUUCUCAUAUGCAGCCCAUUGGUUUUCAUGCUGUGGCUUACCAAGCUCCCGAUGUCUCUUCCUUAUUGAUGAAUGACGUGCGACAGUUCAGUACUGAGAUGCGGUUGGAUGUUGGAAAGGUGGCUGACAAAUUAGAACAAUUAAGUACCAAGGUGGACAAGCUGCAGAGUCAGGGGAUCUCCUUUGGUGUACCUUCUGUAUCCAUGGAAACAGCCAUGAUCAUGCACAGCAUCCAAAGAAUCAUUCAGGAGAACUCGGUGCUGAAGAAGGAACUGCACGAGAAAAGCGCCCGGAUCGAGGAGCAGAACCGCAAGAUCGGGGAGUUGAUAGAACAGAACCAAAGGUUAGUACAAAAAAGCAGUCUGAUGCUGGAACAGAACAGCAAUUCCCUUCAGUUCAGUGGCCAGAUGACCCAGACACGUCUUUUGAUGGCAGAACAGGACAAGCUGCAGCAAGAGACCUCGAUCCUCCAGCAGAGGGCAGCAGAGCUCCAGGCCAAACUCAGCGCAUCUCUUCAGAGCACCAAGCACCAGAGCACUCAGAUCUCCUCCCUGGAGGAAACAGUGGAAGAAUUGAGAGCCAGCAGGGAGCAGACUCAGAGUCAGUGGCGCGGAGAGAAGCAGAAAUGCAAAGAGCUGCAGCUCCAAGUCAACAACAUGGAGGAGGAGCUACAAGACCUCAAAACAGACAAGGAAACCCUAGACCAGGUGCUGUCGGACAGGAAGAGGAAGUGGCAGGCGGAGCGGGCGCGGCUGCUGGCGGAACUGGAGGAGACGCGUCAGAACAGCCAGCAAGAGAGCGACCAGCUCCGGGCCCAGCUCAGGAGAACCAGAAGCGCUCCGCAGAACCACAGCACAGAACAGGCGGAGCUGGAGGCGGUGUGGCAGCGGCGUUGUGACGCGUCUCUGGCGUCUGCGCGGGAGGUGCACCAGCGCGCUCUGUCUGAGCUGAUGGAGCAGAGGGACCUGCUGGAGGAGACCGUGUCCCAGCUGCACGACCAGCUGAGGUCCAAAGAAGAGCGAGAUCGCAGAAAAAUAAUCUAG